UGUUUCUGCAAGACGUAAAACCCUUGGAAAUACUGGAAUAGGGGAAGGACACAUCCCCAAAGGGAUUUGGCGGUACCCAUCUUUACAUGCUGUAUUGGUGAUGAGCUCAAUAUGCAUUGUUUUUCUGUUCUGGUCUUGGUGAUAUGCUGCAUUCUGGAUUUAAAAAUAGAUGGAUUGUUGAUUGUUUGUACAUUAUCAACAUUUGCACACAAAAUCCGCUGGUUCUAACCGAAGAACCUGUUAGACCAAUGCGGGCUGCUGGUUCUAACUGAGGAACCUGUUUGACCAAGGGGAUCCGCUGGUUCUAACCGAGGAACCUGUUAGACCAAGGUGAGGGGGCAGCCCUUAAAAUACAGUACAGGUAACCAGUGAGACAAAGUCCAUACAGAGAGAGAGGGAGAGAGAGACUCCAUAAUCUACAUUCGUUUAUAAGUUUUCCCGUUGGCUCACCAUGGUUGAAUACAAAGUAAAGGUGACUACAGGGGACGCUCUGUUCUCUGGCUCAUCUGACUACAUUUAUGUCACACUGAUUGGAACAGAGGGGAAAAGUGAGCGCACUAACCUUGACAACUAUGGCCUAGAUUUCAUGACUCAGAUGACAGGGACCUACACUGUGACCACCCCCUCAACUCUGGGGCGCCUCCUCCUGGUCAAGCUGGAGAAAGAGCAGUACCUGUUCCUGCCGGAAAAUGAGUGGUUCUGCUCCAAGGUUAUCGUGACGACACCUGAGGGUGACGUAAUCCUCUUCCCUUGUUACAGAUGGGUGUCCAGAGGGGAAGUUGUGGAGCUGAGAGGAGGAAAAGCCAGGAAGAUUUUUGAGGAUGAGCUCCCUCUACUGGUGGACCAUCGUAAAAAGGAGCUGGCGAUUCACAAGAAACUGUUCCAGUGGAUUGUGUAUGCCGAGGGAGUCCCCCACAUCAAUAACGCCACUGAACUCUCAGGCCUCCCUUCUGAAGUAAAAUUUUCUUUCUCCAAAAUGUCAGAGUUUAUCUACACCAAAGCCGCAGCUAUAGCUGAGCUCAAACUGAAAUGCCUGGUGGACUCCACCGAGCAGUGGAAAGACCUGAAAGACCUGAAAACUGUUUUCUGGAAUAAUAGAACACCCAUUUCAGAGUAUGUUUCUGUGCACUGGACGGAGGAUGACUUUUUUGGGUCCCAGUUUCUGAAUGGAACCAACCCCAAUGUGAUCCAGCGCUGCACAACGCUUCCCUCCAACUUCCCCGUCACAGAUAAGAUGGUACAGCCCUUCCUGAAGGACGGGAGUUCCCUGGCGACGGAGAUGAAGGAAGGAAACAUAUUCCUUUGCGACUACAAGAGGCUUGAGGGUGUGCCAACCCGUGUGGUCAAUGGUAAACCAUUGUCCCUCACAGCUGCCCUCUGCCUGUUCUACAAGAACCCAGAGGACAAACUGCUGCCUAUCGCCAUCCAGCUGGAGCAGCAGCCCUCUCAGCAGAACCCUAUAUUUCUGCCUAGCGACUCGACGCACGACUGGCUGCUAGCCAAGAUCUUUGUGAGGAACGCAGAUUUCUCCGAGUUCCAGAUCAGCUACCAUCUACUGGGCACUCAUUUACUGGCAGAGGCCUUCACUAUGGCAACCUUCCGGAGCCUUCCUAUCGUGCACCCUCUCCACAAGUUGCUGAUACCCCACUUCCGUUACACCCUGCAGAUCAACCUUCUUGCGCGAAAAAGACUGAUUAGUCCUAAUGGACCCUUAGCAAAUGGUGCUAUGGGACUGGAGGGGUUGAAGGAACUCUUGAAAAGGGCACACUCAGAAAUCACCUACAGCUCCCUCUGUCUGCCGGAGAACAUUGUUGCACGAGGACUGGAGUCCAUCCCCAACUUCUACUACAGGGAGGACGGCCUGAAGCUGUGGAACAUCAUCAACAGCUUUGUCCAGGGGAUGGUGGAGCACUUCUACUCCUCUGACAGUGAAGUGUCUAGAGACUCUGAGCUUCAGGACUGGAUCAACGAGAUCUUCAUCCAUGGGUUCCUUGGAAACAAGAAGUCAGGAAUCCCUAAGCGAUUUAACAAAGUGAAGGAAGUUGUCAAAUUCAUUACCAUGAUUAUCUUCACUGUGUCAGCCCAACAUUCCGCCCUCAAUAUGGGGCAGUUUGACUACGGUGGUUGGGUACCCAACAACCCCCUGUUGCUGCGCAAAGCUCCUCCCACCACGAAGGGGAGAUCUAGCAUGAACACCAUUUUGGAAGUACUGCCAAACAUCGGCACUACUGUCAACAACAUGGCUUCCACAUGGCUGCUCAGCAAGAGAUACUCAGACACAAUUCCCCUUGGUACAUACCCAGAUCAACACUUUGAUGAGGCUGUCCCCAUGCAGAUGAUUAAGCAGUUCCAAGCAGAGUUGUCCUACCUCAGUCAAUCAAUCAUUAAGAGGAAUGCCACACUUACACUACCCUAUAACUACCUGAACCCUGCCGAGAUGGAGAAUAGUGUAUCCAUAUGAUUGAGCUUAUGCCCAUAUCAUUGCAACCGGCUUUACCUGCUGGGCAAAUCGAAUGUACAACUGCACUGAGCAGGGUAUUCAAAUUAUUACUGUUUACUUAAAGAUGCAGUCUGGGAUCUUAAGCACAACAAAUUAAUAACAUAUUGUACUGUUGGAUUCUGAGAAAAUGAAAUAUACUUAUUCAUGUCAUUGAGGGAGAGAGGGUAAUGUAUAACUUAAAUAUUAUAUCAGGUAUCUUAUUGAAAUAUUGAGUGCAGGGAAGCAAUCACAUGUGGCAGGCAUUGAUAAGGGGAGAGAGCCAUGGAUUAGUGAUAAAGGGGGGUCGAGGUCAGGUCAGGUCACUUUAAGGGAGAAAUACAAGUUUAUCACUUAGUGUCCUGCCUAGCAGUAAAGAUACAAUGUUUGUACAGAUGUGUAGGAGGAGACUCAGCCUAGGAGUGCUUCUGUGAAAAUGUUUUUGUGUAAUGCAGCUGUAUUGAUCCUCUGGGAAGAAUUCAACUUGGCUAAGCUUUCAUAAUGUCCGUAGAGUUUUUUACUCUGAUAAUUAGAAUGUAACAGUACAAAUUAUAUUGGUUGCUAUACCCAUUAAAUGUUUGGGAGCAUAGAGUGUGCGACUUUCUUUCUUUUUACGAAUUGGAUUCGUAACAUAUCAUACGAAUUGUACAAAACAUAACAUAUCAUCCAAAAUGGAUGGUGUAGUAAACAAUUUGAUGACGGAGUACACGAAAAAUGGGACCUGUUUUGUCUUGUGAGCACCUCUUUCAAACCUACUGGCUGAAAUUAUACAAAGGCUCUGGAGCAUCACUUCAAUCAUCAAUGAUAGCCAAAAUGGAUAACCAAAUUGAAGAUCUUGAAGGCAGCUGAAGUCCUGAAGUCACUGAGUACCACAGAGUCCUGGAUUAAAGUCGCAAGAAAUGGCUACCAACUUUAGAAAAUGGAACUUUGCAAUUUUCUUUAUAAGGAAUGCAUUAAUAAAGUGGAUUACAAAUGCAA